AUGGCUCACUUUGUAGGAAGUUUCUCGCUCCACAAGUUACAUUACGCAGCCCACUGCUCUUUACACUGGAGCCACAGCCGUCUUAGGAAGGUUUUUGCUAUUCUGUUCAGCGUGCUUUGCUUCUUGGUUCCCUCUGUUGUGAUUUUUGCCGUAUAUUGCAAUGUAUACAAGGUCGCACGAACGGCAGCCCGUCAGCAUGCACCGAUGCCCACCUGGACAGCCAACCAGGCUAAGCGUCGCUCGGAUUCCAUUAACAGUCAGACCACUAUCAUCACCACCACUCGCAGCCUCCCCCAGAGAUUGUCUCCUGAGAGAGUUUUUGGGGGAGGAAAGGCUGCUAUCACCCUGGUUGUCAUUGUAGGCCAGUUUCUUAUCUGCUGGCUCCCGUACUUCAGUUUCCACCUUCACAUGUCCAUCACCACUCCACUUCAAAGCCCAGGGGACAUCGAAGAAGCCGUCACAUGGCUAGCGUACUCCUCGUUUGCUGUGAAUCCAUUCUUCUAUGGUCUUCUAAACCGACAGAUCCGCGAGGAACUGAUAAAACUGAGAAAAUGUUGUGCCCGUAGACCCGUUGAACUUCGAGCCUCCAGUCACGAAGGAUCCAUCCAGGAAAACUUUCUUCAGUUUCUGCAGAGAACCAGCAGCACAGCUGAGACCACCAGGCCCAAUUGUGGCAAUUCCAGUCCGAGGAUUACUGUGAACCAGGGUGCCAGGUUACCUGGCCAGAUUCUUGAGGAAUGACUAGGAAAACAUGUCAGUAACUGCUCAGAUGCCACUAGCCAAAUCAAGCCUUAUGAAGUUUUGUUUUUAAUAAGAAGGGCAUUCAUUCAAUGCAAAAUCAUACCUAAAUGCUCUUUGGACCAGUGUAAUCUAUGUAUCCAUAAUUUGUUGUUAUGGUUCCCAUAGAUCAGUGGCAACAAUAAGUAUUUAUGAUAAGGUUAAAUAUCAAAUUUCACAACUUUUGUUGCAUAUUCAUUUAUUUCUGAUAAAUUGUUUAGUUAACUGAGAAUUACUCUCAGUCAUUAUUCAUUCGUUUCAUAAUAUCAACACUCAUACUCAAUAAUUACUAUUAAGUCUUGAC